GUUUACAGUGCACAGAAGAAGAGCAGCAGGUCAUUCUUGUAUAAAAAAAAAAACUAAAUUUAUGCCUCUGACAAAUCCCACGUGGCUCUGCAGAGAUAAAUAAAGCACCCAAAACUAGAUUUAUCUUCAUCUUCUGCUCCUCUGUUGCCUGGUGAGCGUGAACGCGCCUGGUGCUGAUGAGAGAGAAGAGAGAGAGAGAGGAGAGAGAGGGCUGUCGUGAACGCGCCUGGCUCUGUGUGUUAUAGUGUUGGUGGUGUUGGUGUUGGUGGUGGUGGUGUAUAUGUGGGAGCAGGAGGAGAGACUCUGCAGUGUCUUGGCAGCUGCAUUAUUAGUGCAUCUCCCACCGUCCAGCGAUGCCUCCGCGGCCAAUGCUUUCCUCCUCCUCCUCUUCCUCUUCCUCCUCCUCCUCCUCCGCGUCCACUUGACAACACACACCGACAUGAAGUCGUCGGGAUACUGAGCCACCGGACACUAUAAUAAUAUAGCUCUAUAGCUGUAUGCACCCGGAGACGCGCUUCAUUUUACGCACACUCAAAAACCCUCCGUGACGAGAAUUGUUAAUGGAAAAUGGCGAUAGGCAAAAGGUCUUGCAGCAUCGUCUGCUUGGUAUCUAUCCAGAUUAUCUUGAUGUUCAGCGCAUCGUGGCCUGGAGCUGAUGCUCUCACGUUCCCACAGCAAUACACGAUAAUGCACUGGGCCCGGCGUAUCGAACAGGAGAUUGACAGAGUCUUUCAGCACAUCACUGGAGCUCAGCAGUUGAAAGGGAUAUACAAUGAAGAAAGACGACGGUUUAGUCUGGUGAAGAAUCAACCCCGGAAGAUUGUGGAGAAGGUGGCCUCAGAUAUAGAGAAACUCCUGGCUAAGAAGCGCAAAGCACUCGAUAGGUUAGCCAGUGAAGCAGAGCGGCUGCAGCGAGAGCAUCUAUGGCAGGAUGGAAUCAAGGAGCUGGACAUGGCUUAUUAUGACUCCAAGGCAGAGCUGGAUUAUUACUCCAUGGAUGGAGAAGGAGAGGUGGAAAAUCCUUCGCACAUCAAGCUGGAGUUUGUUUAUGACCCAAACUUCAAAAACAACGUCAACUAUUCCUACACAGCUGUUCAGAUUCCCACAGAUAUUUAUAAAGGAGCUCCAGUCAUUCUGAACGAGUUGAACUGGACGCAGGCGCUGGAGAAAGUGUUCAUGGAGAACAGUCAGGAGGAUCCGUCGCUGCUGUGGCAAGCGUUCGGGAGUGCAACGGGUGUCACACGCUACUACCCAGCUACACCUUGGAAAGCCCCCGAUAAAAUCGACUUGUAUGACGUCAGGAGGAGACCCUGGUACAUCCAGGGAGCCUCAUCCCCAAAAGAUAUGGUCAUUCUUGUUGAUGUGAGCGGCAGCGUCAGUGGACUCACCUUGAAACUCAUCAAAGCGUCCGUGAUGGAAAUGCUGGACACGUUGUCUGAUGAUGACUACGUCAACGUGGCCAGGUUUAACGAGAAGGCCGAGGCUGUGGUUCCUUGCUUCAAACAUCUCGUCCAGGCUAACGUGCGCAACAAAAAGAUCUUCAAGGAUGCAGUGCAGCAGAUGCAGGCUAAAGGCACCACUGACUACAAGUCUGGAUUUCAUUUCGCCUUCAACCAGCUGUUAAAUAAGACAAAUGUUCCUCGGGCCAACUGCAAUAAAAUAAUCAUGCUGUUUACCGACGGAGGAGAGGACAGAGCUCAGGAUGUCUUCAUUCAAUACAACUGGCCCAACAAGACGGUUCGAGUUUUCACCUUUUCUGUGGGUCAACACAACUAUGAUGUCACACCUUUACAGUGGAUCGCAUGCACCAAUAAAGGUUACUAUUUUGAGAUCCGUUCCAUCUGUGCUAUAAGGAUUAACACCCAGGAGUACCUGGACGUGCUGGGGCGCCCCAUGGUUCUGGCAGGCAGCGAUGCCAAGCAGGUUCAGUGGACCAAUGUGUAUCAGGAUGCUUUGGGUCUUGGCAUGGUGGUAACUGGGACUUUGCCUGUAUUUAAUCUCACCAUGGAUGGAAACUCACAGAAUCAGCUGAUAUUAGGUGUCAUGGGAGUCGACGUGCAUCUUGACGAGAUAAAGCGACUAACACCACGGUACAAUCUCGGAGCCAAUGGAUACAUAUUUGCCAUUGAUCCAAACGGAUAUCUUCUCCUUCACCCUAAUCUUCAGCCAAAGCCGGUGAACCUCCCUGAGCCUGUAACGCUGGACUUUCUGGAUGCAGAAGUGGAGGACAGCAAUAAAGAGGAGAUCCGUCGACAAAUGAUUGAUGGAAGACCAGGUGAAAUGCAGGUCAAAACUCUCGUCAAGUCGAUUGAUGAGCAAUACAUUGAUGAGGUGUUCAGGAGUUACACCUGGACUCCUAUCAACGGCACAGAUUACAGUCUCGGUCUGGUAUUACCCCCCUACAACGAGUACUUCAUCCAGGCAGACCUGAGUGAUGUGAUGCUGCAGCUCCAGUAUAUGCAGUCGUUGCUGCCCAGCUCCUUUGAAUCCUCAGGACACGUGUUUCUGGCUCCAAGGGAAUACUGCAAACGUCUGCAUCUCUCUGACAACAACACACAGUUUUUGCAGAACUUCCUCUCGCUCAUGCUGGACAUUUCCCCAGAAUCUGAUGAAUGUGACCAAGGCCUCAUCCACAACCUGAUUUUGGAUUCCAGGAUUAUCGGGCAGCUGGCCUCUCGUGUUUGGAAGAACAAGGACCUGAAUUCGUACGGCUUCCUGGCUGUAUUUGCGUCCACUGAUGGAGGAAUAACACGUGUUUUUCCCAACAUAGCUGCUGAGUUAUGGGAUGAGGACCCUGAACCCUUCAAUUCAAAUUAUUACAGACGGAGCCUCGACAACAAAGGCUACAUGUUCAGAGCUCCAUCGAGAUCCGCGUUGGACGACCCUGUAGCCGCAGAAAACGGCACCGUGGGAAUUCUGGUUAGUUCAGCUGUGGAGGUUAAUUUAGGAGGCAAACUGCUCAAACCUUCAGUGGUCGGAGUGAAGCUGGACUUGGAGGCGUGGGUGGACAAGUUUAAGAUCCUGGCCAGCAACGUGUCAGACAGUCGACAGGGAUCACACAAGUGUGGACCAUCCAGAAGCUGUGAGAUGGACUGUGAAGUGAACACUGACGACCUCCUCUGCUAUCUCCUCGACGACGGUGGAUUCUUGGUUAUGUCCAAUCAGAGAGAUCACUGGAAAAAGAUCGGCCUUUUCUUUGGUGAUGUGGACCCUUACCUGAUGCACGCACUCUACAACAACUCAAUCUUCAAUCGCCGUCAGUCGUUCCACUACCAGUCUGCAUGUGAACCAAUCAGCAGCAGCCAUACUGGUGCAGCACCGAGGGGCAUCUUUGUGCCGUCCAUCGCUGAUGUCCUCAGCUUGGCCUGGUGGACAUCCACGGUGGCAUGGUCUGUGACCCAGCAGCUACUGUAUGGACUGGCCUACAACAGCUGGCUCUACCAAGAUGAUCUCCUGGUUGAAGGUUUUGAGACGAGGGAAAGCAGCUGUGUGACCAUUCAAAGCCAGUUCUACUUUACAAACACCACCAACUCCUACAAUGUGCUGCAGGACUGUGGAAACUGCUCACGGCUGUUCCAUGCGAAGCGGAUAGAAGGCACCAACCUCCUCUUUGUGGUCGCUGAGACGCUCCCAUGCAGCUCAUGUGAGAUCGAGAGAUUGACACAGAUCAGGACAGAGUUUCAGGAGGAGAAUCCAUGCGAAGUACUGAGCAACGCGCGAUAUCGUAAAGGCCCGACAUCCUGCUUUGACUACAGUGCCUUAGAAAACUCGUCAGAGUGUGGACGGGGUCAUGCACUGCAGUCCUCUAUAGGAGUCCUCCUCUUUAUUCAGCUUAUUCUGCCUCUUAUUCAUCUCUGACACGUGCAAACACUCUAACUGACAUCUUUCAUCUCUUUGGGUUUAGGCUCGGAUCUACUGAAGGUCAGAUUAAACAGCAACUGCAAAAUUAUUCUUUUUUGAUCUACAAACAUCACACAGUGCAUUUGUGCUUGAUAAAUAUACGCGGAUCAGCUCUUAGUGUUUUUUGCCUUAUCGCUUAUGCAUUUGUUGGUGUUUCAGGGCUUGAGUGCAAAAUAUAGAAUGUGUUGAGUGUGCAUGCUACUUAAACUAGGACAAGCAUGUUUAACAUUUUUGCACAUGUGCUCAGCCAUGUAAGCAACCACCAAAAAGACAGGGAGGCAGCUGAAAUGUACUUUUAACAGGCCAGUAAAUGAUCAGGAACAGGCGUCAAUCACAAUUUUAGGUCGGAUUGUGGUGGUGAAAUUAUAACAGAUCUAAAAACUCAGUUGGAUUUAUUUGCUUUGUGGUAAAUACACAGUGGUGGAAAGAAGUAUUCAGAUAUUUUACUUAAGUAAAGUUGCUCUAAAAAUACCACUAAAAGUCAUGCAUACAAGACUUUAAGUAAAUUAAAGAAGUAUUAGCAACAAAAUGAACUUCAAGUACAAAUCCUAUCAGUAUUAUCUCACCAAAUCAGGCAUUAUAUCAUCAGAUAAUUAUUACUGAUGUAUUAAGGAUGCAUUGUAAUGUUGUAGCUCGUCAACAUGGAGCUCGUUUUCACUACUUUAGAUACUGUUGCAUAGUUUUAUCUAAAACAAUCAUUUUAAUAAUUCAGUAUAGGUUUUCUACGUUAAAUAUUAAAAUAAAAGGUAACUACAGCUGUCAGAUAAAUGUAGUGGAGUAACAAGUACAAUAUUGCCCUCUACUACGAUAUAGUGGAGUCGGAGGUAUUAAAGGUGCUCUGUGGAAUUUCUUGCAAGCAAUGGUUCUGUUUACAAUCAAUAUUUCUCCUCAAAACACAUUGUGUGUAUUCUUGAGGUCUAACAAACGAGUUGAACCCACUUCCUGCCUCAUAAACCAUUUUGAUUAAUCUUUUGAAAAUGUUGCAACCGCUUUCUUUACAUCCGUGUUUACUUGCUUGCAGUCUUUUUCUUCCCUGCAUUUUCCUGCCAUAUUGCAACGUUUCUUGGCGCGUUACUGCCACCUGUAGAUCAGUGGACUGGUAUGAGUGUACUCAAGAGCAGCUAAACGUGGACCAACUUACAAAAACAUUGCUCCACAGCCACAGGCACAGUUAGCGUUGGUUCAAGGGGCUCACGAAGCCCAUAGUGGCCCUGACCAAAAAUGCAUGUAGGGAUUUAUAUAUUGUCUACAUUUUUUUAUAAUAACAUAUAACUCAUAAUUUAUUGCAAAGAUGAAUAAUAUCAACAUUGUUGUAUCAUCUUUUUGACAGAAUAAGAAACCAGCUAUAUACAUUUUGGUGGUCUUUUUAUUGACUUAUAAUUAUAUAGGACGCUCUUUGUCCACACUGAAUACAUUAAAUAUGCACUUUCUGUUACGUCAUGUAAACAAACCACGUACCUACAGUAUCAACUGAGCACUUAAGAGAUGGGUGAUACUUGCUAUCUUCCGAUGUUUGUACUUUUUAAACAGAAAACACGUUUCAUAUUGUGAUAUAUACUGGAAAUGACAUACAAUAUAGCCAAACAGCAAGUAGUCAACUUUGAGGCGAUCUCCUGGUGAUCUCCUUCCAGCCAGCUGUCACCUUAUUUAGGUUUUUUUGUGGUGAAAUGAAGAGGUAGCAUUUAGAUAACUCCUCAUUUUAACUUCACGAAUCAGCCAUUCCUCGUCCAUUGCUGCGCUUUCAAAGCUAGCGACAGGAUAAUAAGUAGAAACAGGGCAUCUGAUAAAAGUUCAGCUCAAAAUGGUGUCGCGCUGUGCAGCCCUGCGACGCUCGCGGCCAAACAAUUCAAUCAAAACUAAUUUUGUCUUUGACCCUCGCUCUCGUCGCAUCACUCCUCUCUGUUUUGACAUAUUCAGACGUUCAUAGACGCCGGGGUCAGCCUGCUGUAGGUUUAUCAACAAGCCUGCAAGGCUCAUCUUCGGUUUACUGAUGGGUUUUUGCGGUUUGUGUGAGUUCAGUUUCUAUGAUAAUUCUCGCAAUAUUCCAUCACUCAUUAGAUAUAAUAGUCGGGAUAUGAAAAUGCACCUGCUGGUGCCUGGUUAUUCAUUUUCGUGUACAUAAACAAAGCUUCUGUUUAUAUUCCCUCUAAAUUUUUUUUGUGAACCCCCAACCUUAAACCUUAAGCGUUAGUGGUCAAAAACUCCACAGGGUACCUUUAAGUAAAAAAACAUGGAAUUAGUUAUGUAAAGUACAAGAAAACUUAAUUACUUAUCCAAAUACAACGCUGCACAUGCCCUGGGUUUUAUCUAGAGGAGCUCCAUGAUUGGCCGAACACAGGUGCAACUUUGUGGAGAGAGUAUUCUGAGUUUUUAGAUCUGUCAUUGUCACUGUCUGACGCCUUGUUGAACAGCUCUGAAUAUAGUUAUAUGACUUUUCAGCUGUUGGUUUAACAGCAUGUGUGUGUGUUUGGGAUGACUCAUUAGAUGAGGCCCACCUUAAUAGUUGACAGUUUAUAUGGAUUUACAAUUUCCAUACAGCCGCUGGGUAAAGCUAUCCAAAGCAUUUAUACAACUCUUACAUUGUGACCACUUCACAUAAAGCAAACUGCUACAGCAUGAAAAUGUAAAUAGAUGGACAGAAUCUGCUGAGCUCAGACGCUGCUGCUUCUGCAACUUCUGCUUUUGUCGGCUUUGUGAAAUUCAAAAUGAAUUAUCUGCGCCAGUUUUCAUUUGCAUGUCCGGUCCUAGUUAAUGUCUUUGCACAUAAAGGAGCUCCUUUAACCUUCAGCAGUUUUUACAUGACAGUAGAUCCGGGCCUUAACCUCACAUUCACUUCAGUGUCUUUCAAUCCACCUCUGACCUUUGCCAAGACAGUUUCAGUACUAUAAAUUGUAUCAUACAUGACACGACCCAGAAUGAUUCCCCUCUGCCGUCUCAAGUACGCCCUGCCUCUUAAAUCUUUAAAUCUAACCGGAAGUAUUUUUUUCCCCCACUAAAAAGAGCACUUUGACAAAUGAGACCAUAGAUGAGACAAAAGCCAGUAUGAGGAAACAUACUAGUGUUAGACCUCCAGUAAGAUUUGGAUUCUUCGAUAAAAGGACCGUUUAAGUCAAGGUUUGUUUUGCUGAAAUGCUUCCACAGAUACUCGGUAUGAUCUUGAAGUGCUUCCAGUUGAUAAGAAUUGUUAAAGGGUGUAAAAUCUGACAAAAAAAAGACCAAAAUUAUCAAAUGUUAGUCGUGAUGUUGUUACAAAACUGUAGUAGUGAAUCCUCCAAACCACUGCAUGGUUUAGUGCAAUAAUGCUGUGAUAAUCUGAUGACUUUAUUUUAGCAGUAAUUAUCAUGGCCAUCAAUUUAUCAUCAAAUCAAGAGUUUAAGUGAUUUCCAUGCAGUGUUAUCUGUUAUCUCUGUAGUCUUAUAGCACAAAACAUGCGCAGACGUCAGUGUGUGGCCGUCCUGUUUUUAAACAUCAGUUGUUUGAUGGAAGGGAAGCUCUCUGUCCAUUUUUUUGUAUCUUGUAUCGCCACUAUUUGUCAAACCUGAAUUUAUGCACUUCUGUAUGCUUCUGUAUGGGGAAUGUAGCUUCUGAACAGCUUUCGGUGUUAUCAAUAUAUGUUAUCAGUAUGUGAUGCUUUUUGACCCUCUGUUGAGAUUCCCCUGAUGUCUCGUUGAAAGUGAUGAUUCGCUGUGGCAGAAUAUUUAAAUUUGAUCAUGCAUACCUCGUCAUGGCAGUGAUAUCUGAUUCAACUUUUUGCGAAAUUAUUAAGCUGUAAGAUUUAGUAAUUUAGUCACAAUGAAAUGUCUGCCCAGUACUUUAUGUAUGGGAUCAUUACUACUAGGAGCGUUGCACUAAAAAUGUUUUAGAUUGCUAGGGUUAAAACUCUUUGUUCAGGUUCAAUAUUAAGCCCAUAACAGAAAUAUAAUACACAAAAACAUAUAUUAGGGCUGCAUAAUGAUUGUUUUCAUUAUCUAUUAUUCUGCCCAUUAUUUUCUCAAAUAAUCAACGAUUAGUUAAUUUGUCUGUAAAAUGUCAAAACAGUCCGAAAACCCAAAAUAUUCCAUUUAAAGUGUCAAACUGCACGAGCUAGAACAAGCAAAUGUUUGGCAUUUUUGACUGUUUGAUGGUUAAUUAAUUAUUGAAAUAGUUGCCAAUUAGUUUACUCUCGAUCGACUUAUCAGCUAAUUGACUAAUCGUUUCAGCUCUAACAUAUUUUAUAUAUAAAGCUCAGUAGUUGUAAGACAUUCAGGUCAUAUGCUUUAUUUCAAGUUCCAAGGGUGAGCAGGCUGUUCAGUAGCCUUACAGGCUGUUUUCACUAAAACUCUCCAUCUAUUGCUUAAUUUUCACAAACAAGUCCACAGCAUAUGUGAUGUUAAAACACAUUAAAUGUGUUCAUUAUUGUGCUAUAUUAAAAAUCAUGUUUUAAGACAAAAAUAUAUGUUUUUUUUUUCCACAAAAAGAGAUGAAUUAUCUUGUUAAAAAUUCUUAAAAUUACAUCUACAAAGAUUUAACUGCUGGACACAAGGUGUCUCCUACUGCAUGUUGGACCACAACUGAUCUAUUUGUGAUGUCACAAAUCCUUCUGGUAUGAACGCGUGUUAAACUCUGAUUUAAGGCGAGCACAGAGAAACUUUACCCCUUUCAGGAGAUAAAUGUGAAAACUCGGCAAAUAUAUCUUUCAGCAAAGUGAAGCUCAAAAAUCCAAGUGAUGUAACAAUAAGCAAAACACGUUUUUGAGUUGCGGGGGACUUAUUUAUUUCAAUUAUUCAAGUGAAUCAUAGUGAAGAAGACUGAACAUUGCUGGAGUCUUUGUAGCCUAACAGUGUAUCACCAUCAUAUUUGUGAGGAGUUAUGCAUGAUAAAAUCCUCAAAUCAUUUCCCCACAGUGAUUCAUCAGCCCCUGAUGUCUUUUUGUGUUUCUGAUCAUUUGAUCUGGUUAAUGGAGGAUAUUUUUAAAAAGCUUUUUUUGACAAAAUAUUUGUAAAAUGCUGUUUCUCUCCGUCUGCCUGGUGUUCCACCCUGCAGUGCCUUGUUGCACUCAUUUUGGAUGGCAGGAACAUUUGGCUCUUAGACUUGUGGACAUUCAUCCUACAGGGCCAUGCGAAAGACUCAAUUUCAAGGGUUUGCAAAGGUUCAGCUCUAAAUGGACUUCUCGGUCAGGGAACAAAAAAAAAGAUGCUCUUCGUGAACUCAUGAAGCCUUUUUAAAAGAGCACAGCACAGUUGUGAAAGAGCACAACAGACGUGUGUCGAGCAGCUGGCUUCCUGUCCUGCCUUCUCUUGGACAAAUGUUUGUCAAAGCGACGAGUACGAACCCUGCUGCCCUUCUACUAUGUGUCGUUUAUCUCUACACUGUGGUUCAGCCUUGAAUCAAAGCACAGACACUGUCCAUUUUCAUAGAUUUACUUCGUCCCAUCUGCACACUGUAUAUUCUAUAUUUGAAGCCUGUCGGAAACGUGUACUUUUCCAUUGGGACUGACUGAAACGAGUGAAUGUUUAUGUACAGUAAUACCUACUGUUGUGCAUCUCUGCUGUACCCGAGCAUGGUGGGAACCCGGAGACGCAGAUAAAAGCUCAACACUGUUUGGGGACCUCAGCAAAAUCACUGCUUUCAAAAAAGUAUUAAUAAGGUCAUAUUGCAUUAUUCAAACAACACUGUUGUACAUUGAAGGAAAGACAUUUUGUGGAACUCUUUAUAGCCUACAAUAUAUUACUACUGUUGAGGUCAGUGUUGUAGUUUCGUUUUGAAUUACCGGUAUUUAUUUGCAUGAUAUUUUGAACAACUUACAGAUCUGUGUACAUAGUCUGAUGGAUAUUUUACAUUCCUGUCCACAUCCGGCUCUCCAGUACUGUGGGGAGGAGUGAGGGCGCCCUCUGUGGAUAUUUGGGUUGAUGUGGAGGCCUCAGAGCUCUUUGCUGUGUGUAACUGAACGAAGCUGAAAGUUUGACUUCAGUGAAGCCUACAAUAACUGUCAGUGUUUGCAAUUUCUUUGCAGCAAGUAAAAGCACAGAGAAGUUUAGAGUUAUGAGCAACAUACUGCCUGAUUAAACUUUAUUUAGGAAACAAGUGACAUAAAACCGCUGGAGAUGAUUUAUGCAUUUAAAGGCUGUAUAACAAAUAAAUAAGACAGUGGCAUGUGUGGGGACACCCCUUUAUUAAUUAACUUUGUUUAUGAAAUAGUGUUGCUUAUUUAAUUUAUUUAUGUAUUAUUUAAUUUGUUUAUUUAUUUGGAUAUUGUGAAUAAUAUUUGUAUUGAACAGGAAAGAAUUGAAUGUGUUUGAAGCUUGCGUGGGCACACUAAGCAGUUUACAAGAAAAAUUGCAAAACAGACAAAAAAAAAAGAAAUAUAUAUAUAUAUACUGUACGUCCAUGUCCUUUUAUUUACUGAAUAUCAAAACAUAAGAAUGUUAAUGUUUUUUGUGUGACUUUGCUUUUCAUUUUGCUGACGUUGUCGUUAACUCGGGACAGUUUCCUCUCUUUGUGCCAGUCUCCAAUGCCACCUCAUUUUUGUACAGACGAUGUGAAGCAGUCAGCAGAAGAUGAAGGCUAACUUUGUAAAGAUUUUGUCAGUCACAUUACAAAAAUGGAUAUUUAAAUGUUUAUAUCUUUGGUGAUUAAAUGCUGUUGAUAUUUUUCACUUCA